CGGGACUUUCAAUUAUUGUCCCGCCCAAUCGGGAAAAGACUGUGCCUAUAAAGACCGCUGCGGCGGACCGGAUCCCGGCUCCUCUCCUUGCGCAUUGCUGCGCCGGUGAGCUCGUGUCUCGGUUCGCUAUGGCCCGUACAAAGCAGACUGCCCGCAAGUCGACCGGUGGCAAGGCCCCGCGGAAGCAGCUGGCCACCAAGGCGGCCCGCAAGAGCGCGCCGGCCACCGGCGGCGUCAAGAAGCCACACCGCUACCGGCCGGGCACCGUGGCCCUGCGCGAGAUCCGGCGCUACCAAAAGUCGACCGAGCUGCUGAUCCGCAAGCUGCCCUUCCAGCGGCUGGUGCGCGAGAUCGCGCAGGACUUCAAGACCGACCUGCGCUUCCAGAGCUCGGCCGUGAUGGCGCUGCAGGAGGCGAGCGAGGCCUACCUGGUGGGGCUGUUUGAAGACACGAACCUGUGCGCUAUCCACGCCAAGCGCGUGACCAUCAUGCCCAAAGACAUCCAGCUGGCCCGCCGCAUCCGCGGGGAGCGGUCCCCUGCUUGCUGGCCGCCUUCCGGGGUGUCAAGAUCUUUGAGUGAGUUUGGUCAGUCGGCUUCUCUGGACUGGCGAGGUUGCCGCUGCGUUCUUGGGCGCGGCCAGGGCGCCCAGUUUCUCUUCUUGGAGGCAGCCACGGGUCCUCCCGUAGGGUCGGGCUCUUCUAGGGCGUCUUCGUACUCGACCGUGGCCCAGAACUGUGACCGCGUCCCGAAUGACAUUCUCCAGGAACACCUUCAACACACCUCGGGUCUCUUCGUAAAUGAGGCCGGAGAUGCGCUUGACUCCCCCGCGCCGAGCAAGGCGCCGAAUGGCGGGCUUGAUAUCAUGGCCCGUACGAAGCAGACUGCCCGCAAGUCGACCGGUGGCAAGGCCCCGCGGAAGCAGCUGGCCACAAAGGCGGCCCGCAAGAGCGCGCCGGCCACUGGCGGCGUUAAGAAACCGCACCGCUACCGGCCGGGCACCGUGGCCCUGCGCGAGAUCCGGCGCUACCAGAAGUCGACUGAGCUGCUGAUCCGCAAGCUGCCCUUCCAGCGGCUAGUACGCGAGAUCGCGCAGGACUUCAAGACUGACCUGCGCUUCCAGAGCUCGGCCGUAAUGGCGCUGCAGGAGGCGAGCGAGGCCUAUCUGGUGGGGCUGUUUGAAGACACGAACCUGUGCGCCAUCCACGCCAAGCGCGUGACCAUCAUGCCCAAAGACAUCCAGCUGGCCCGCCGCAUCCGCGGGGAGCGGGCUUAAGGCACGCGUUUUAAACUAGACUAUCUAAAGGCUCUUUUCAGAGCCACUCACGUUUUCAUAAAGAGCAGCUGUUCCAGCUUUAAGCUUGGUGAGUUCCUAAUGCACAAGUGUU